AUGUCCGACUACGACGAAGAAUUCAAUGAUGGUCCUGAGCAUUUUGAAGAUUUCGAGAAUGAGCAUUUCUCGGAACCUGAGGCCUAUGAAGAGCCUGAAGAUAUGAAGAACGGCGAAGUCAAAGACGAAAACGGUAAGACGGUUAUCACAGGAGGCACUGGGGCCGAGGAAUUCCAGCAGCAUGAAUUCCAGCGCAAAAGAACCUUGAAAGAAAAAUCCAUACCAAAGGAGGAGAGAACGACCACACCGUACAUGACGAAAUAUGAGAGGGCGAGAAUCUUGGGUACUAGGGCUCUGCAAAUCUCCAUGAAUGCCCCUGUUUUCGUCGACCUUGAGGGCGAAACGGACCCAUUGAGGAUCGCAAUGAAAGAAUUGGCAGAAAAGAAAAUACCUCUAGUGAUAAGAAGGUAUUUGCCAGACGGCUCGUUCGAAGACUGGAGUGUAGAGGAGUUGAUUGUCGAUCUAUAA